UGCGUCUGCGAGCACGUGCGGGGAGCAGGGGGAGCAGGGUGCAGCCAGAUCAGACAGCAGACAGGGCGGGCAGACAGGCAGCAGCCUUCCUCCCUUCCCCCUGUUCCACUGGCCCCUCUCCCCACGUGUGUCAGCCCGCAGGGUGCACAGGGCCGCGUGCUGCUGCGUGGCCGUGCAGUGCGUGACGGCAGCCGCGCAGGGGAGCUUCCACCCUGCAGGACGGGGCUGCAGCUGGGGCAAGGCAGCAGUUCCCGGCUAUUUCUGGCUGCUGGGACUAUUUCUGGUUCUGGUUGCCAUCCCGUGGCCGCUCACUUCCCCUGUGCUCACUCUAUGAUCCCACUGAUACUCUCCAUGACCCAUCCAUGGGCCAUCCCAUGGGGCUGCGAUGCCCAUCCCAUGGGGCUGUGAUACCCAUAGGGCUGCAAUGCCCAUUCCAUGGGGCUGCAGUGCCCAUCCCGUUGGGCCACAAUCCCACAGACCCCAUAGAGCACAGGGCAGCGACGUGCUGCCUGCCACCUCGCCUCUGCCCCAGCAGCUUCUAAAUAAGGAGCUGCCCUCCCUGCAGCUCAGGUGACACGGGGACUAUUUUUAGCGGUGAAUGGAGCGGAGCUGAAGCUCUCUGCCCCCGUCAAGGGUACGGCAUCAUGUUGUGCUGGGGGGAUUUUCCUGCGCUGCUCUCUGAAUGGCUCCAUCACCACCUGGGGCUGUGGCACAGGCAUGGAUAACUUCGAGUACAGCAUCCAGCUGAACGACUGCGACUGGGCCGAGUUCUUGAGGGCAGUGGAGGAAUGCAACCAAGCGCCGGCCGCCCUGGCCACAGUGGAGGAGCAGUGCCUCAGUGACAUUGAGCAAGGGGACGGCGUGCCCGCUCCGGGCAGCACCAGGACAGGCGCCGAGCCAGGGCUUGGCAAGGCGAGCUGCUCCCCACGUGGGCUGUGUGGAGAGGACGAAGCGGAUCCGUGCUCAUCCAUUCUCCGUGAAGGCAAGCAGCCCGUCUGCCCGCUGCUUGCUGCCAUGCCCAGCACGCAGGGCAGGCAGCCGCCCUGUCCUCCUGCAGCCAAGGGCAUCGCAGGGCAGGAUGCAGAAUCAGGAGAAGGAGCUGCUGGCAGCGGGGCUAUGGAGUGUGCUGGGCACCCCGCUGUGCCCCGUGCCCAAGGAGAGGACGCCAGUAUGGAGCAGUCCUGUGGGAGACCAGCGGCAGCACAGGGAGGUGCCCAGGAGGCUACUGCGUGGAAAAGCCAUGGUGGAGAGCCGGGACCCCCCCAUGAGCACCCUGCUGCAGAGCUUGGAGACAAAUCAGCCAGCCAGCCUGGCGUCCCUGAGGUGGUGAGACCCAAAGUGCCAUUGUCGGCGAGGAAGAGCCGCAAGCAGCGUGGAGCUGGUGGCGCCGAGGUGACCCCUGGGGACAAAGAGCCGGCGGGGAGCCCAGCACAGGGCGUCACGACACCCAGCAGGGCCCCCUCAUCCUCCCCACUGGCCUCGAGGAAGAGCAAAGGGAAGGAGAAGGCGGCCAAAGCAGCACCCAUAAGGCUGAGCAGCGAGGAGGCUGCGGAGGGCAAACAGCUGGCGGGCAGCCCUGGUGCGGAGCUGGGAGAUGUCCCCCCCAGCGUGUCCCCAAAGCUGAAGGCGAAGGAGCCUGGGGCACAGUCACCAGGGAAGGCGAGGGCCACCAAGCUGGCCAGGCAGGCAGGGGGCUCAGGAGCACGUGAUGCUGUGCCAGUGGUGGUCACCACAUCAGUGGUUGUCUCCACACCGGACACCAUGCCAGUGGUUGUCACCCCACCAGUGGUUGUCACCCCACCAGUGGUUGUCACCGCGCCGGUUGUUGUCACCACACCAGAUACCAUGCCAGUGGUUGUCACUGCACCAGUGGUUGUCACCGCACCAGUGGUUGUCACUGCACCAGUGGCUGUCACGGCACCAAUGGUCGUCACUGCUCCGGGAGUGCUGUGCCAGGAGGGGAAGGUUCUCCGUCCCCAGAGUGUGGAUACUGCUGCUGGGGGCUGCAGGGAGUUCACAGCCAGUCCCCCCCAGGAGAUGGGCCCCCUGAGAUUCACAGUUGGGGGCUCUCCCAGGGCAGACACCCUGGAUGUGACGUGGCCCGAGAUGUACGACUAUUUGUUCUGCGACUCCCAGGGGGAAGAAGAAGCAACAGAGAAUGCGGUGGAGGGUGAGAAAACACCCUUGGAAAGGGAAAUAUCCUUGCCUGAACUGUAUGAGUAUUUUUUCAAUGAACCUGAAGGAAGCAGGAAAAAAUCCAAGCGUAAGCAGAGGAAGAAGAAGGAGUUCUUUGACUUGCACCACGCUGAGCUGCAAAAGGAGGAUCCCGAUGUGGCUGCAGCCAAAGAGCCCCUGGUUGCCACGGUGCCCGAGCUGUAUGAACACUUCUUCCCUGAUGGGCCCCGGCACAGGGGGGGCUGGAGGGGAUUUCUUUUCUCCUCACCAGCCUCCGAGGUGAGGAAAGCCAUGGGGGCUCUGAAGUCCAUCCUGCAGAGGCCAAAGCAGCGUGGUAUAACCCAAGCACCCACCUCCCCAUCGCUGGUGCGGAGAGGGUCCCAUCUUGCCUUGGUGCCGCUGGGAGGGGGUCCCGAGCACCCACCGGCUUUGGAUAUGGCCCUUGCACUGAGAGGCAGACCCGAGGCCCCGCUGUCGCUGACCCACAAGGACAUGUGCCUCGUCUUCUGUGCCUUUGCCUCCUGGGCAGUGAAGACCUCUGACCUGCAGGCUCCGGAUGCCUGGAAAACCGUGUUCCUGGCGAGUUUUGGCACGCUGUCUGCCAUCCGCUACUUCCGACGGCAGGUCAGGGAAGGACAGCCCCGCACCUAGCCCCGGCGUGCCACGUUCCCAAGGACAGCUGAGGAUGGGCACCUUGUUCUUGGGCAGCAUGAGGAGCCCAGAGCCCAGCACCACGACUUGCCAGGUGCCCAAAGGGGACAGGAGGUCACGGGGAGCAGGAUCCUUCCAGUGACAACACGGUAGGCGGUUUGUACCUGCACUGGACAGAAGAGGAGCCCGGCGUGGGCUGGCUCUGUUCUUUCUUUGCACACUUCUUUCAUAUUUGUGCCACCUGCUAGGAGCAGGAUUGGCGUCCGACCUCCCCGUGGAGGUCAUGCACUGGCAAAACACUGAGAUGGACAGCAAAAAAAAGAACCAAACAAACAGAAAAGGUGCUUCAUGUCCUACAGAAGGGAUUGGGGCUGAGCACUGGGAAGAGCCCUGGCAAGGACAGGAGCGUGUUGGAGAGGGCAUGGGGAUUGCACAUUUGGCUCCAGUGGCUGCCAGCCCCGGGGUCUGCUUGUUCCACUGCUGCUCCUGUCCUGGGGACAUGGAGUGGAAGGAGGAGGAGGGUGAGAGUGUGACCUUGUGGGGGAGGAGGGAGUGAGACCCAGCGGGGUGGGAGGCAAAAACAAAGCAGGUUUUGUCUCUUCCCUGCCUCUAGAGCCUUCCUGGUCACCCAAGGGCAUUAUUCGAGAAGGUUUUCUGCACUUGCAAGUCUGCAAACAGCACAAACAUGAGGUUGGGCAAGCACUUAGGGACAAGACCCACAAAGGUACUGGGGAAAUCUGCCCCAAAAUCCCAUGUGGGUCUGCCUGGGAGCUUUAUAGGAGCAGCCUGAGGCAAUAAGGGGCAAGAAGAAGAGGUUCCGCUCUUCCCUUGCAAUGCAACGUGCCAUGUGUGGGUUGUACUGAAGACCAUAAAUGCAGAGCAGAGAGCACACCGUGCAGCUGUGCAGUGGGAUGCAUAGCAGCAAGUGGCGAGGGAGAGGUACCAGCUCUAUAUGGACUGUGUAGGAGCUGUAUGUUGGGUAUGAGGAGUUGUGUGGAGGAAGAGAACAGACUAAAUAUGCUGGAAGCUUCUAAUAAAGAUCUAUCUCCUUCAGUA